CACUGAUUGAGAUCUUCUUGCAGCUUAGAGUUGAUGGAGUGCUUAUGAGAUUAAGGGAUACCCGUAUGCACUGUGCUUUUGGAGAUAAUGUAAAUCCCAUUAUUCUUCGAGAGAGCUGCUGGAGAGAAGCUACAUUUCAAGCUUUGGCUGCAAAGGGAUACCCUUCUGAAGCUGCUGCCUACAAUGAUCCAAGUAUCAUCAGCCAAAGGCUUCCUGUGGUCAUGAGCAAGACCCAAAAGCUAAAGUUCAGUUUAUUAUAUCCUGUUCUUCAUUCCAUUAUAUGUAGUAAUAGAAAGACAGACUAGAAAAAUAAUCUCUUA